CUUAUAAAUAAUCGGAUUCAUGAAUAUCAAAUUCAGUGGAGCAUGCAAGAUAAAGUUGUACACACGCGUAAACAAUUGAAGUCAUAGUUGUUGCAAGUUUUGGACAGAAUGGAUCUCUUGAUGAUAUGCUGCUGUGUGUUUCUCCUGACAGUAAGUCCCGCGUAUUCCAAACCCAGGAUUGUGGACCUUACCCAUAAUCAGGACGAGCAUUCUGUCACCUGGCCCAUCAACCCUGCCUAUAACUUCACCGUGCUUCACCGAGGAUAUUCGAAAAUGUUCGAUGGCUGGCUUGAAAACAACUAUUUUGCCAUGCCAGAGCACAUGGGGACUCACAUUGACGCACCGGUUCAUUUUGCAAAGGGUAGUUGGAGAACCCAUCAAAUUCCGAUGGAAAAAUUGUACGGACCAGGAGUCAUUAUAAAUGUCAAAUCUAAGGUUGAGAACAAUCCGGAUUACAGAGUUUCAACCGAUGAUUUAUAUGCAUGGGAGGAAAAAUACGGAGAAAUCCCCAGACAUGCUGUGGUUGUGAUGAACUCGGGUUGGUCUCACAAAUAUCCAGACCCAAAGCUUGUCUACGGAACCUCUCAACCGAAUGAUUCCUCAACGUUUCAUUUCCCUAGCUGGCACGAGGAAGCCGUCACGUGGUUAAUAACCAAACGACAGGUCAACGCCGUUGGUGUCGACACUCCUUCUACGGACUAUGGACAAACCAAGACAUUUCCCUGCCACAUCAUAUUGGGAGAACAUAAUAUAGUGGGAAUAGAACACGUAGCGAAUCUGGACAACAUUCCAGAAAGUGGCAGCGUCGUCUAUAUACCCGUUAUUAAGAUAUUUGACGGAAGUGGUGGACCAACUCGACUUUUCGGAACAUACGACGACGAACUGAACAAAACAAAUUAUGCCAUGCAUGUCAUGAGUGCCUCAGUCUACAUCUACCUCUUGCAAAUAAUUACAAUCUUCGUUUAUCAAUUUGGAAUAUAACUCAAUGUUCCACUGACCCCUGUAUGCUUAAAAAUAAUUCACAUAUUUGAAAUGCGAUGUUAUUUUGUAAAAGUUUAACAAAGCGGAACGGUUUUCACUGAACGUUUGUAUGUAUCAUGUACAUGUAUAUUAUUCAUGCAUAUUUCGUAUUAUUCAGCAAAUAUUUCGAUUUCCUUAGUUAAACUCAAAUGCCAAUUUUAUUCAUUCAUUCAGAUGUCUUAUAAGCAUUUUUCUUGCAUAGAAUAGUAACUAAGAAAAGUAUUUCAAGCUACUUUAUAAACAGAUUGCUGCUAAUAUCGAGAGGACGACUAAUAUACAUAUAAUAAGCGAUCAAUAUACAGUACAUGUAGAUCAAUCGUUGGUUCAGUGGUUAGAGUGUUCACAUCGUGACCGGAAGGUCGUGGAUUCGAACCAUGAGGUCGUGGGUCUUUCUAACGAGACCUAAAAAACCGAGUUCCCGCCGCAGGCGUUGGCAUGAUAAAGAACUAUAAAUUGAGGUAGUCCUGAGCGCCAUGCAAACGUCUUCCUCCUCACCUGAUGAUGUCACAGCAAGAAAGAAAUAUUUUCAAUGGGACGUAAAUUUAAAAACAAA